AUGCCGAGCGCUGGCGGGGACAGCGACAGCGCUUGGGGAACCGUGACACAGGAGGCGGCACCUCGCAGCAUCCGACGGGGCUUUAAUAAACGGCUUGAAAAGCUUUUCCUUUGUAUAAAGCGAACCCUUACUGAUGUAUUUUCCCUCCCCUUUCCCUCUUCGCAGUGGGAGGAAGUAAGCAUUAUGGAUGAGAAGAACACUCCGAUCCGCACCUAUCAGGUCUGCAACGUGAUGGAGCCCAGUCAGAAUAACUGGUUACGAACUGAUUGGAUUCCCCGCGAGGGGGCUCAGAGGGUGUACAUUGAAAUUAAGUUCACUCUGAGAGACUGCAACAGCCUGCCCGGAGUCAUGGGAACCUGCAAAGAGACUUUCAACCUUUAUUACUACGAGUCCAACAACGAUAAGGAGCGUUUCAUUCGAGAGAGCCAGUUUGCCAAGAUCGACACCAUUGCUGCGGAUGAGAGCUUCACCCAGGUGGACAUUGGCGACAGGAUCAUGAAGCUGAACACAGAGAUACGGGACGUGGGGCCACUCAGCAAGAAAGGAUUUUACUUGGCUUUUCAGGAUGUUGGCGCCUGCAUUGCUUUGGUGUCUGUUCGUGUCUUCUAUAAGAAGUGCCCGUUGACAGUUCGCAACCUGGCACAGUUUCCAGACACCAUUACUGGGGCUGAUACAUCCUCCCUGGUGGAGGUUCGUGGCUCUUGUGUCAACAACUCGGAAGAGAAGGAUGUGCCAAAAAUGUACUGUGGGGCAGAUGGCGAAUGGCUGGUGCCCAUUGGCAACUGUCUGUGCAAUGCAGGCUACGAAGAACGCAAUGGUGAAUGCCAAGCUGCAAAAUUACACGAGGCUGUAGUGAGAAUUGAAAAAUGA